AUGAUUCAUGUGCCGGAUAAGCAAAAGAUGCUAACUCGUGGACCACUUUGUUGCCUUCACAAGGAACAUAGCAACAAAAGACACUGCUAUUUAGAGGCGGAGGCAUUUGUUUCCCACCACCAAAUUUUGAUUGGUGUGGCCGUUGUUACAAUGUCGGUUGUUGCGAACCGGUUCGUCUCCGUACAUCCGGAGGACCUAAAAUUUCAUGUUGAGCUGGAGAAACAAAGUUAUUGUGAUCUUAAAAUUACAAACAACACAGCGAACCAUGUUGCUUUCAAGGUGAAAACUACUUCUCCAAAGAAGUACUUUGUGCGGCCAAAUGUUGGUCUCAUACAUCCAUGGGAUUCGUCUGUCAUAAGAGUCACCCUUCAAGCUCAACGGGAAUACCCUCCAGAUAUUCCAUGUAAAGAUAAGUUUCUUCUGCAAAGCACGAUAGUGCCUCCAAAUGUUGAUUUUGAUCAGCUUGCGCAAGAUACUUUCAAUAAAGAGGGUGGGCGAAUAAUAGAGGAGCGCAAGCUUAAGGUCAUCUAUAUUUCUUCUAACUCAACUCCUCGAAGUUUAGAAGAUGACUCUAAACCAUCUUUUGAUACUAAUCUAAUGCACCGACGAUCGGCAAUCUCUGAUGAUAAUCAGGCAUUGCAGCGUCUCAAGGAUGAAAGAGAUGCAGCUGUGCAGCAAACAAAACAGCUACGGAAGGAAUUGGAAAUUCUUAAAAAUCAAAGAAGUCGACAAAGUGAUCAAGGUGUCUCAAUUAGAUUUGCACUUUUUGUUGGACUCAUCGGAAUCGUGGCAGGCUGGCUUUUGAACUUAUGGUCAUCUUCGCCUUCUAUGGAAUAA